CAACAGGAACCAGCUCCUGGGGAAAAAGUAUGGGAAGCAUCAGAAUACAACAACUCAGAAAAGGAGGAAGAUGGAUCGGAUACCCAAAUCUAUUGGACACAUCCUCCUGGAAGCCAAAGCUGCAAAGAAUCUGAUUCCAUGAUAAAAGAUGAGAGAUUAAGAGAAGCUGCCACUUGGUUGGAUUCUAAGGUUCGCUGUUGGUAAUGGAGCAGCUGUUAAGAGUGCAGAGAAGAACAAUAUAUAUGGACCCUUCAUAAGCUUUCUUUCUUUCGGUAAAGAAUGCUGCUUUUCAUAUCCUGUGGUUCUAGUUUCUUCAUAUAUGCUUCUACUAUUAAGGAGGAAUAUUCACAAUGCUCUGUUGAACUAAUAAUCGCUAUAUAGUAGAUGAGAGGGGAGAGCACACUCAUCCCACAAUUUCAUAUUCGACUCUGUUCUUUUUCCCUUUCAAUUUUAACCAAUUCUCAACGCCAAGGAUGGCUGAUGCACUCAUCGCCGAGCUUCUGAAGCAACUGGCUUCAGUAGUUUUUGAAUACCCAAAACAAGCGGUGACACUCGUUUUGAAUGCUGAGGAAGAUGUUCAUAGUUUCAGCAGCAAUCUCAAAGCCAUCCAAGCUGUGCUGGAGGAUGCAGAGAAGAAACAAUUGAAGGAGGCCAGGGUGAGAGACUGGUUGCAGAAGCUCAAAGAUGUAUCUUACGAGAUGGUCGACGUCCUAGACGAGUGGAACACUGAAAUUCUGAAACAACAAGUGGAGCAAGGUGAAAAUGCUUUUGUUGCCAAGACGAAGGUAUGUUUCCCCACUCCAGCCGAUUGCUUUUGUUUUGGCCAAGUCAAUAAGGCAAUUCAUCAUCAUAAUAUUGCUAGAAGCAUAAAGAAACUGAAUGAGAAACUAACUGUGAUUGCUGCUGAAAAAGAAAAGUAUGAAUUUCAUCUAUCCACAAUACGUGGCACAGAUGAGCAGCUUAUUCAACUGCAGAAAACUUCAUCUUUGGUCGAUAUAUCUACGAUAUUUGGCCGAGAAGAAGAAAAAGAGUAUUUGUUGAGCAUGUUGUUGAGAGAGAGUAACCAGGAUGGGGGGAGGUUCCUUGUCAUCCCUAUUGUAGGGAUGGGAGGGCUGGGGAAAACAACUCUUGCCCAAUUAGCCUAUAAUGAUGAAACGGUUACAGCCCGAUUUGAUAAGAAAGUCUGGGUUUGUGUCUCGGAUCCUUUUGAUGAGAUUAAGAUUUCUAAAGCAAUCAUUGAAAAUCUGGGUGGAACCCAAAGCACCUCAAAUGAGUUGGAAACUCUACUUCUAUGUAUAAGGUCACAGGUUGAGAAUAAGAAGUUCCUCCUUGUCUUAGAUGAUGUGUGGACUGAAGACAAAACCAAGUGGGAAAAUUUGAAACUGCCAGUAAUAAUGCAAAGUUGUGCUGAAGGCAGUACAAUACUUGUGACCACCCGAAAACAAGGGGUUGCUAAAAUGAUGAAAGCAACCGGUAGCAUGAUCAAGUUAGACAGGUUGAAGGAUAGGGAUUGUCUAGCAUUGUUCAAUAGCAUCGCAUUUUUGGAUAGGGAAGAAGAUGAGGCUAAUGGGUUUGGAGCUAUUGGUGAGGAAAUUGUGAAGAAGUGUAAAGGUUUGCCUCUUGCGGCAAAGACUUUAGGCAGGCUAGUGUGGUAUAAGAAAACAAGAAAGGAAUGGCAGGAGGUUUUGAACAGUAAGAUAUGGGAAUUAGAGGAAGUUGAGGAACAAGUUUUCCGACCACUAUUACUAAGUUAUUACGAUUUGGCCCCGGCAGUCAAAAUGUGUCUUUUGUAUUGUGCUAUAUUUCCUAAAGAUUGUGUGUUAAGCAAAGAUAUUUUGAUUGAGCUUUGGAUGUCACAAGAUUAUCUUAAUUCAGAGAAAAACAAACAAAAGAGAAGAAUAGGUCAACAUUAUUUUGAAAGUCUAGCAAUGCGGUCGUUUUUUCAAGAUUUUUACAAAGAUGAGAUGGGAAAUAUUAGAGAGUGUAAGAUGCAUGAUAUCGUGCAUGACUUUGUGCACUUUCUUACUGAAAAAGAAUUCAUUGUUAUAGAAAUGGUUGAGGGUGCUAAUCAAAGAAUGGAGCUAUUGGGUGAUAAGGUUCGUCACUUGACCUUAACAAGUGUACCCGAAGGUCCACUUCCUACUUCAUGUUACGGAUGUAAAAAUAUGCGUAGCCUUAUGCUCCUUAAUUCAAGACUUACAACCAUAAGCCCCAAUUCAAUUUUGCAAAUGAAAUGCCUUAGGACAUUGAAUUUGUGUAGUAACAUGCUCAAUGAAGUUCCAAAAGAGAUUAGUGAAUUGAUUCAUUUGAGAUAUAUGAAUUUGUCUGAUAAUGAGGCUUUGAAAGAAUUACCAGAUGCUGUGUGUGAUUUAUACAAUCUACAAACUCUGGAUCUUAAAUGUUGCGAGGAACUUGAGAGACUACCCAAGGCAAUGGGAAAGUUGAUUAACUUGAAGCAUCUUUAUGUUGCGGGUUGUUCUAAGCUGAGGUACUUGCCAAAAGGGAUUGGAAGUUUGAAAAGUCUGCAAGUACUAGACUGCUUUUAUGUAUGUGAGGGUGAUAAUGAUGAAGCAUUGAAAUUAGGAUAUCUCGGAAUCAUGGACCAGCUUCAGGGGAGGCUUCGGAUAGAAAGAUUGGGGCAUAAUGCGGAAGAUGAUGCGAGUGAGAUUGAGAAAGCACAGCUGGGGAGUAAGGAGCACAUCUCUGAUUUUUUUGUAGUUUUCCAAGGAAAUGAAAAUCCAGAUGCAGUGCAGAGAAAUGGUGAUGCAGAAAUAGUGAAAGCAUUGCUGCAACCAAAUCAAAAUUUGGAAUCUUUAUCCAUUUAUUAUUGCCAUGGCACCACAGAGUCUCUCUAUCGGAUCAAGUCUCUACGCAAUUUGAGACAACUUUCUCUCAAUGGUUGUCCAUUUUGUGAAGCUUUUCCUCCUCUUGGAAAAUUGCCAUCGCUUGAAAUUCUGACAAUUGACGAGUUGUUUAAUGUGAAAAAGGUGGGAGUUGAAUUUCUGGGAAUAGAAGAAGAAGAAGUCUCAGGAAUUGUAUUCCCCAAAUUGAAACAACUUACUUUUAAAUUCAUGGACAACUGGGAAGAGUGGGCAUUUCCUUCUGAAAUCACAAUAAUGCCACGUCUUUCUUUCUUGUACAUGCGGGAGUGCCCAAAGCUAAAAGCACUGCCAGGCUUCCUCUACAAGAUAACGACACUGCGUACUUUAAUGAUCUGGGCUUCUCCAAUUCUGGGACGAGAUUACGAAGUAGGCGUGGGGAAGGAGUGGCACAACAUUUCUCACAUCCCAAACAUUGCUAUAACUCCUUGGCACUGAACAGUCCAAGGCUUACAGACUUGUUCAACGGACGCAUCCUAUGCAGGAGGAAUUUUCAAACAGUUGCAAACCAUAAACUGGUUCUUCCUUCAUCCUCACAGCAAAUCAUUUUGCCUUUGAUGAGGAUGAGCUCUAUCUCUUUAAUUACUAGGCUUUCUUCUAUCUCUAUCCAUGUCCUCUGAUGGAUUCACACUGCAGACAGGUUCUUCAUGAGGAACUUGCAAAUGGAAAUGGAAUGUGUGCAAGGUGUGCAAGUCAAUCAGGAUAGGUAUGCUAGCUAGAUACACUUGAGGACCGCAUUAAAGCUUCUAGGACUAAGAAUGUCUUUGGAGUUGUCAAGCUGUUGAAGCUCUCUAGAUAGCAAAGGUCGUGACUGAAUUAAGUUGUGAAGUUGGAGUUCAUCCAAUUUGAUGUGCUUAUGACAUGUUGGGGGUUAUGGAGGAUGGAAUAUUUAUCAGGCGGAGUUUAACCACAAAGGAAAUUUGGUAUGCAUUUGACUGACUGAAGUGGCCCGUAACUCAAUAUGUUAUCAGUAUCUUAAGCAAUCCAAUGCGGAAGUUUUUUGUGAAAAGGACAUUAAUGCCGAUUGAGAUUUGGUAAAUAGGACUUGAAAGAUUUUGUAACAAUAAAAUGGAGCCCGAUAAAUGGUGUAAACUCAGACUUGAAAGAUUUAUUGGAUGAUUUGCUGCCCAAAUACAAAUCUCCAUGGAACUGAACAGGUAUUCAUAUUGUUGGAUUUCAACUACUUUGCAAGUUCACAGUUUGGUGUCUGAAGCUUGGUAAGUGUAUUUUACUAGGAGAAGGGAUUUGAAGAUGCUGAAUCAGCUCAAGGUAUGCUGGUUCAGAAGUUAGAGCUGCACGAUUCUGUUGGAGUGAGUAAAAGGAGAUUGCUUCUGGCUCACAGUGACAUGUUGGAGUGGAAUGCUAAGCUUGUCAAGGGAUUACUAACUUCUGAACUCCUUACCAAAAGGGAUUGGAAGUUUGAAAAUUCUGCGAGCACUAGAAAGCUUUCAGAUAUGUGAUGUCACACCUUUCUUCCUUGCGAAUUUUGGGCAGCAAAAGUGCUAAAACAAUUGCUGGACUUCCUGCAGAAGAUAACAGCACUGCAUUUGGAGAUCAAGCGGUGUCCAUUUCUCACAUCACAAAAUUGAAACAUUUUAAUUGAACAGGUAUCACCAAAUGCAAAUUCAAAUACAAAUUUUAGCACUUUAAACGAAUCAAGCGGUGUCCAAAUACAAAUUUCCAUGGAACUGAACAGACAGAAAAUACCACCAUCCAGUCCAACACGUACAGAUGGUUGCUAACUCAUUGAACUUUCAAAAGAUGAUUGAACUCCAGCUAGAGGAAUGAAUCUGAUUUGAUGAACACAUUCUUGCAGGAGCGUUUUUCAAGCAGGGGUAAAGUUGUUCCCAAUUAGACUCAGAAAAUACACCAAGCUACACUUAUAUAUGGAACGCACUGAUUGAAGCUUCAAGAAUGGUAUUGGACUUGUGAAGCUGACAAGCACUACAUAGGAGGGACUAUCAGGCAUAGUGGCAUACACCACAAAGGAAAUUUGGUGUGCAUCCAUUUGACUGAUUGAAGUGAGGGUUCUCACCUAAACUAGGACGGACCAUGUAUCAAGCUGACUUUCACCAUAAAGAAAUUUAGUCUGCAUUUGACUGAUUGAAGUGGCCCUUAACUCAAUAUGUUAUCAGCAUCUUAAGCAAUCCAAUGCGCAAGCUUUUUGUGAAAUGGACGUUAAUGCUGAUUGGGAUUUGAUUAGUAAAUGGGAUUUGGAAGAUUUUGUAUAAUCUGCAUCCUACCAAUAAACAUGGAGCCCGAUGAGUGCUGUUUAUGUGGCGGUACUCAAAGUGAAAGAUUCAUUGGAUAUCCUCUAGUGCCAAACCCUGCAACCUCACAAUCGUCGAAGGAUAAGGGAUUUGAAGAUGUAAAAUCAGUUGAAGUUAAAUGGUGGUUCAGUGACAGGAGCUACGAGACUGUUGAAUGACUUCACAUCUCCAACGGCCCAUUAGGACCUUGGUUUCAUAAUUAUAGGACUUGGGAGCCCAAGUCCCAUAUUUGAGAUUUUUUCAGAACCAACACCCAACUACAGUGGAUUGGGGGAACAACAUGGAAUGGGUGAGCCCAACACUGAGACUGACGCACUGGGGAAGGGAAGUGCUGCUGACGCGCUGCAAUGAAUGGAGCUGCAGCAGAGACGUAAUUAUGGUCACAGUGCAUAUAUAUGGAUUGUAAGAAACUGAGAAUUGUCGUGAUAUUCAAAAUUUCACCAACACUCCUGUUCGAAAUCUAACAUACCUUGCAAAUAAAUAUUAACUUCAUUACCAUGUAAUUCAAUUGAUAUUGCUAAUAUAACGGACAACAUUGUAACAUAUAAGAACAAAAAUACAAGAUCCUAUUAAUGUCAGACAUUGGAGUGCUAGGAGAAGCAAAAUAUAAUAUCUGAAACACAACCAACCAGAAUGAAGGACCCUCUAAAGUAACCCCUGAAACGUUACAGCUACCUCUUCGAACACAUUUGUCUUAUCACUCGAAGCAUUUGGCAUCCAAAAAAGCCUCCCCCUCAAAAGGCUCGUGAUCUUCAAUCAUCUGGUUCACACGCUUCUUUUGAUCCUCAUCAGUGAUAUCAACCUUACGCCAAUCACACAGUUCAAUGUCAUAACAUUUCAUCAAUUAUGAACUGGAGAACCUCUUGCCCAAGGAACAGCCACAAGCCCUUCACCUUGAAAGGAGGAUCAGACCCAAUCACCAACAUCUUCCCAAACGCAUAUUUACAAGGCAAAUCCAUCCGUUGCAGAAAACGGCCCACCUUGUUUAAAGUCACGAAUGAGACUGUAUUUUCAUCGUUGUAUUUGUAAUCGCAAAACCAAAGAGCGUAACCCGCUUGAUCAUACAUGUCUUAUAGGCUGUAAGAUGAAGUGCAUGUUAAUAUCACACGAGAAAUAUGAAGAUCUUGUUUGAAUGUUUGGCAGUUAGAAAACUGUGGGGGUGUAAAAUUUUAGAAUGAGUUCCUAAUCAAGAAAUGAGAAAUAAUGGGUUUCUAAUUAAGAAAUUGGCUGCAGGGGAAGCAUCCGACUUAUUCAAGAAAUUCCUUCGAGGACGACUUCAGUCACAGUGAAGCUAGAUAAGGCAGAAUCGAGUUCUAGUCAAGACAUGACCGAGAGAUAAGUAGCUCAAUCUAUUUGGGAAAUUCCUCGUGGCGGAUCUGGAUAAAAGGUGGAAUUGGGUUCUAGUCAAGAAAUGGAUCGAAAGGGAGGCAACCCAAGUAAUCUGAGAAUUCCUCAAGGCGAAAUCUCUCGAGAUGGAUCUGGAUAAGGCGGAACCGAUCAGCUAAACCAAAUCCAUAGCAAGCGGAAAAUUCCUCGAGACGGAUCUAGAUAAUGAGGAAUUGGGUUCUAGUCAAAAAAUGGGUCGAGAGGGAGGCAACCCAACCUAUUUGAGAAUUUCUCAAGGUGAAAUCUCCUCGAAGUAAAUCUAGAUAAG